GCAUUUUGUCAAAGUAGUUUAUAUUGAUUUAUUCGCGGAAAAUAUAACAUGAAGGCUUUAUCCUACCAUGUUAAACAUCUAUUUUGAUCUUGAUUGUUUUCAGAAGUUGCAAAACAACGUUGGCCUGGAGAUGAAUUGAAGAAGCAAGGAGCAAAAGCUGAAGUCUGCUCAAGCCAGGUGUUUCUUGUUGGCAGCCUGCUCCCUAAUGACUCUGGCUCUCAUACAGCAGCUGCCUGCUAGUCUCCUUUGUAUGGCCUAUUGUUGCUGCACACCCCUCGUUAAUACACAUGCUGCCCAGGGCAGACCCUGAGAAUGACAUCAACUUGCUUAUCUUAGAAACCUACAAACCUGACGCAGGGUAUGGAGGUUGCCUUGCAUCUGCCUGGCCAACUAAUUGUGAGCUUUCUGGCCUCUGAUUGGCUGUUAUUCCACUCAGUAAUAGGUUAAGCAAAGACAUUGCCAUUCCAUCUGUUCAACCAUUCAUUGUUCUGCUUGCUUCCCUGAAGUCUGCAGCUGAAAUCGUGUUAAGGAGUUGCUUCUGGAACUGCAACAAGAAACCAAUGUCUGUGUGUUUUCCAGUUAAUGUAAGUAUAUGCACUCUCUUUGCAGGAUUGAGCAAUUUCACUGUUCUGACAUUUCAGUGUGUUGGUUUCAGUUUUGAGCAACGUAAACAGCAUGCACACCCGUUGGAAUUUCCAAACUUUGGAAUCUCUUUUUAAAAUUCCAUUUGAAGAAUAAGUUAUGAAAGGCUGAUCAUUAAUUUGAUAUGGUCAAGUAAGGAACUUCUAAGAGCACCAAUAGUGCUGGAUUUUGGGAGGGUGAAAAUGAGAGGUGGAACACUUCAACAGGGCUAAAUUUUUCUGUACAUUUUUGGUGACUCCAGCUUUAAGUUCAAAGUUUUAGCCCUUCUUGCAAAUAUACAGUGCUUGAUUUACUUUUCCUUUGGGUGAAAAUAUAGAUUUUAUGCAUGUUUGCCCAGUUUAUGAAAUUUCACCAAAAUGUAGUAAGUUUCCUAAAAUUAGGUAGAACAUCACUGUGGUACAGUGGCUGUGUUUGGGAUGGAUUUAGAGUAUGAUGUAACAUCAGUUCAUUUGAGCUACUCUCACAAACUUGUAUGUUGUGGUCAAAGACUUUGUGCUUUGAGUGAUGUUCUUACGCUUGCAGAAUUAACCAGCAUAUUCUGAUGAAAUUUUAAAUCUAUUCUGUUUUAUGCUUUGGGUUCAGAUAUUAGGCUAAAUAACAAACAGUGUAUGUUCCGUGAGGCAGUGUUCCAAGGAUCCUCUAAAGAAAAAAAAACAAAGACCUUCAUAUAUCAGUUGGGAGGGAAGGAGAGCACAUAAAAGGGUUAAAAAGAGGUUUGCAUUUCUACCACAUGCCCUAUUGUGUGAACAUAUGCAUAAGUCUAUUGAAAGUUUUCAGAAGAUGGGCAGGCCACCAGUUGCUGGUCUCCUGCAGUUCCAGUAGACAUCUGUUGCCCCAGAGCAUUAACCAAUCUGUUCAAUGGGACAUCCUUCCUUUGUUAGAUAGAGCGAUGCAGACAACAGCGCUCGCUAAAAUACAAUGGUAAUUAAAUAUACAGAAACUACAGCAGUAGGUAUUUAUUACAUAUUCAUUAUUUUAUUUGCAUUGUUGCAAUAUCUUUGCCAUUUGAGAACAAGUACACUGGCUUCUGUCUUAAUAGCCUAUACAGUUUUCAGGACAAAUGGUUGCGGUGUUUUAAUAAUUUGAGGUACAAAUAGUUGCUGUUUGCUGUUUUAAAAAACUAAGAAUAUUUUUUGCAUGAAAACAAAAUGAAUUAGUUAUCUGUUGUAAGAUUUACCUUUUCAAAACAUUGAGGUUCUUUUAAGGACAAAUGUAGUUGCUUUUACAAACAUUUUGCCACAAAAUACACUAUUUCCCCACUUAAUUUCUUUGUGUUUUUUCUUUUUUAUUCCAUGUACUAAGUCUGCAGUAAACUACAAAUAAAAAUUUCAGUUGUAAGUGGAACAUUGUCAUUAUAUGUACUAAAAGACUGGAUGAUCUAAUUGUUUCUGUCCCGUUUGAGAAAUAGAAGGGUUUUAUGCAAAAGAGUCAGUGAGGUGGUUCUUGUUGGUGUUUAAUGGAAAGUAGGUCUGUUACUGAAGUUGAAGAACUGUAAAUGGAAAAAGAAUGCAAUUCUAUAACGUAGUAGCAUUUUGUUCCUCCACAGUGCUAAGUAUAAAUCCUUGACUGAACAAGUAUGUGUCUUUGUUAUUUGAUUUACAUAAUAUUUAAACUCUCUAUAAAAAAGGGAGCUAAUGUAAAAUAUUAGGCCACAUUUUAUUUUAUAGGUUUCUUUUUUGCAUUUUUAAUAUAAUUUAAUCUAAGUCCUUAAAAGUUUUGAUGUGGUGAUUUAUAACUAUGUGCACAUUCAAAUAAGAUCCCAUCUUAUUGCAGUGAUCGUCAUUCAUCUCUCUAGGUUAACCUGGGUGACUUCUAUAUUAUAUUUACAUUUUUAUACCUACCAAAGCUAUUACUUAACUGCACUGCAAGUAUAACCAACAAGUAUAGUAAUCUUAUUCUUAACAGGCUUAUUUCUGCUACUCAUUGUUCAUGCAGUUAUUAUACAUACAUUGGCAGUCAAAGUUCACAAGGGAGAUUUUCAUCUAGGUAACAAGUCUAGGAAAAUAUUUCAAAGCAGUUGCUUGUUUUGUUGUAAAUAAUGUGUGGCUCUUUUCAUGUUCAGUGUUUCUGCUGUUUCAGGUUUAUUUUCCUGUUUUUUGGGGCUUUUUGUUUGCAACAGGUAUUUGAUGGGGGGUGGGAAGAGUGAAAAAGUAAUGUGGGCUAAUUUGUUCAGGUAGAGUGAGUCUCAUUUCAUUCUUUGCUAUCUUGCUCCAAGUAAAAUAAUCAGUUCCUGGAGCACUGAGCUGUAAGAUCUGAUUUUCAAUCAGUGAAUGUCACACAGAACAUCGGGUUGGAAACUCGAGUCUUAACAUUCUCAGGUUAUACUACUGCAAAUUCUUUGCUGCUUAUCACAAAUGGUAUGGGUGGAGAUAACAGACAUUGUAAAAUUUGUAGAUAUGCAGAAUUUGCACGUGGGGCACAGGCCUGACGGCAGGAAUCACAUACUGAUUAAGCAAAAAUUAAAAGUAAGAUGUCAAAAUAUUUCAAAUCCUUAUGCUUUAUGUCUGUAGUGAACUUACUACUUUAGCAACUGGUUUACUAUGAUAGUUUCCUGACAAAACUUUGCAGUAGAUUGAAAGCUGCUACUGAUGCAACUUCUUCAAACAGUUUUUAGAGAAUGGCAGUGUUACACAAAUGAGGCAGUUAUUUUUUUUUGCAAGGUAGAGAGUAAGGCAAACAUGUGAAACCCAUAAGCACAAAGCUCAUUGGUGAUGGAUUCAUACUAUUACAUGCAAUACAUUUGAGUGUAUGAGCCCUCCAAACAAAGUUAGGUAUUUGUAUGUGCUUGAUAUGUCUAAUCCUCAGUACAUUUAUAGCUCUGUCACUCAUUUGUGUUAAACUGGGAAAAUAUUAUGUUUGUUUUUAUAGUUACAAUUAAAGACUUCUUAAAAAUGUUAAAGAGAAAUAUUUGGGAUAGAACUUCAGAAAGAACCAUAUUAGUUUAGCUUGACUAAUAUAAAACAUUUUUUUUAGUCUAUACAUAUCAGGAUGUGUUUCUCCUGUUCAAUUAAGGUCCAAAUGAAAAAUACCACUUUUAGUUAAGUGUGCUAACUGGUACUUCACUGUGCAAGGAUUUGAGUAGUGACACAUCUACCUUAGUGUAUUCUGUUGCAGCAGUGUAUCAUCCAACCCAACUUUUCAGUCCAGCUUAAAAAUGUUGCCGAUUUUAAAUAUACUUCCUCCAGUCAGAGCAGAUUGUGGGGUUUAUGGAACAAUGAUGUCGGAGCUUCCAGAUUGGUUUGGCAGCUGCAUUGUUCUCAGAGGGUAAACCAGACGCACUUAAGUCCCAGUCUUUUUCAUGGGCUUUUGUUCAUACCAAAUUAUUCUUUCACUGUGCUAGCAUUCAUGAUGGCAUGUUAAAGGAGUGCAUCCUAGCAACUAAAGACUGGUUGCUAGGCAGCCUCACUUCCAAUAGGUUUUUCUUGUUUAAGGUACUUUUUGGUGGCAGUUCUAUGAAGGCCCACUGUGUGGGUUUUUAACUGUAUCCUUUUAUUGGGAUAUUGUUGUGAUUUGUUACUGGCACUAUGCUAUCAAGUAUAUUACAGUAGUUAAUAAAUCACCAUGUGUAAAGAUUCACUUCCUAAAUUCCCCUUGUAUUUAAUCUGCAGUAUUGCCUGAACUCAUAAACCUCCAUGUAAAGAGGACCUAGCAUUGACUACUGAUAUCCUAUGAGAGAGUAUCAAUCUCACUCACUUCUAACUAAAUCGAGCCAAUGUAGAAAUCAAAGUAGAAUAUAUUCUUUCUAUUGGUCCAAAUUACAUUAAACUAGUCAGAAAAAAUUGCUGCUUGGUAUUAAACCAAAAAUGGUAAGUUAUUUGGUAGAACAAUUUAGUUAAUACAGCUAUUCACUGAAAAGCUCUGCUGCCACGGAGAUGUCUUAACACUUAAUGCAUUUAAAACCCAUUUUUAUCUAGUCAUGGAUGGCUUACUCACUUCAUUCCCAUUUGUCUUGAGAAAAGCCCGCAUCAGUUUCUAUACAUACAUUCAGAUCUUUUUUUUUUCCCUUAGCAAAUGGAAUAUAUACUGUGCAAAUGAUGAUAUUCUUAACAAUAUAUACCUACUAAUUUAAUAGGAGAGAGUUGUUUACUCUCAUGGAAAAGACUUUGUAUGUCAGGAAUACGGAACACUUUAUAUUCAGAAGUACAGGAAAAACAGCAAAGUGGAGUCAAGUACAUGCAGCAGCUUCAUGGGCUUGAAGGAUCACCUAGGGCAUGACCUAGGCCAUCUCUAUGUGGGGAACACUGACACACAAAUAAAUGCAAUUGUACCUUGGUCAAUGGUGGAGAAACCAACAAUGGAUAAAGUAAACUCCAGGAAGGAAGAUGCAGACAAGGAGGCAUCGGAAGAGACUGGAAGUUCCAGCUGUGAUUCAGAAGAGAGCACAAAUUCUGAUAAUGAAUCAGAAAGACUGAAUAACACUGCAUCAGAAUCACGCUUGUUGCCUAAGACUCACCGACAGCUGUGCAGAUCUCCCUGCUUAAAGCCUCAUAUAUUAAAGCGUAAUGAAAUCCUGCAAGACUUUAAGCUUGAGGAGGCUCAUAUAGUAUCUAAGGAAGUAAAGAAGCCCCCUGAUGCGAUGAAAGAAUAUCAAACCAAACUGGAGUUUGCACUUAAAUUAGGUUACUCUGAAGAACAGGUUCAACUUGUUCUAAGUAAACUUGGUACUGAUGCUUUAAUCAAUGAUAUUUUGGGAGAACUUGUCAAACUUGGAAAUAAAACUGAAACUGAUCAGACUGUAAGUAAUGUUAACACUAGUGUAAUGCGUGAAGCAUCUUCCAUAGAGUCUCAGAGGUCUGAGUCCCCACUUCAGGAGGAUGUGACAGAGGAUGGUGACAACCUGAGGCCAAUAGUAAUUGAUGGCAGCAAUGUGGCAAUGAGCCAUGGCAACAAGGAAGUAUUUUCUUGUCGAGGAAUAAAAUUAGCUGUAGACUGGUUUUUGGAAAGAGGUCACAAAGAUGUUACAGUGUUUGUACCAGCCUGGAGGAAAGAACAGUCAAGACCGGAUGCUCUUAUCACAGAUCAGGAAAUCUUGCGUAAGUUAGAAAAGGAGAAAAUCUUGGUGUUCACACCGUCCCGUCGUGUGCAGGGGAGAAGGGUGGUAUGCUAUGACGACCGGUUCAUAGUGAAGCUGGCUUUUGAGUCAGAUGGUAUCAUUGUUUCUAAUGAUAACUACAGGGACCUAGCUAAUGAAAAACCAGAAUGGAAGAAGUUCAUAGAUGAACGUUUGCUGAUGUAUUCAUUUGUCAAUGACAAAUUCAUGCCUCCUGAUGAUCCCCUUGGCCGUCAUGGCCCAAGUUUGGACAAUUUUCUUAGGAAGAAACCAAUUGUUCCAGAACACAAGAAGCAACCAUGUCCAUAUGGAAAGAAAUGUACCUAUGGGCAUAAAUGCAAAUACUAUCAUCCAGAAAGAGGAAAUCAGCCUCAACGGUCUGUAGCUGAUGAACUUCGUGCCAUGUCCAGAAGCACAGCUGCUAAAACUGCAAGUGAAGGAGGAUUGGUGAAAAGCAACAGUGUUCCAUGUAGCACUAAGAAUGAUGGCACUUCUGAUCUCAAACGUACUGCUCCAAAGAGGCAAUCGGAUCCUAGUAUAAGGACUCAAGUCUAUCAAGACUUGGAGGAAAAGCUUCCCACCAAAAACAAAUUGGAAACCAGGUCUGUACCUUCAUUAGUUAGUAUACCGAAUUCUUCUGCUGCAAAACCCCAAAAUACCGCACCUUUAAGCAAUGGCCUUUCAUCCGGAGUUCAUUUCCCAUCUCAGGAUCAAAGACCGCAGGGACAGUACGCUCCAAUGAUGAUGGCAACCAAAAAUCACGGAACGCCUAUGCCUUAUGAUCAGUAUCCAAAAUGUGAGUCUCCUGUGGAUGUAGGCUAUUACUCUAUGCUGAAUGCAUAUUCAAAUUUAAGCAUAUCUGGUCCACGAAGUCCUGAAAGGCGUUUCUCCUUAGAUACAGAUUAUAGAAUUAGCUCUGUAGCCUCCGACUGUAGCAGUGAAGGUAGUAUGAGCUGUGGUAGUAGUGAUUCCUACGUGGGUUACAAUGAUCGGUCUUAUGUAAGUUCACCUGACCCACAACUGGAAGAAAACUUAAAGUGCCAACAUAUGCACCCACAUGGCCGCCUUAACUCACAGCCCUUUCUACAGAGCUACCACGAUCCUUUAACACGAGUGCAGAGUUACAGUCAUGAAGAACCAAAGCAUCACCAAAAGCCUCCAAUUCCAUACAUGGCUGUACAUCUGCAGCACCCUGCAGUGGGUGCUCGUUCUAGUUGUCCUAAUGACUAUUCUGCUCCUCAGAGUUCACCACAUUCAAAGACCAUGCAUCUGGGGAGAGCCCUUGUGUCCACAAGAAUAGAAAGCAUCUCGGACUCACGCUUAUAUGAUAACUCUCCACUAAGACAUAGGAAACCUUAUUCUGGCCAAGAUGGGCUUGGAAGUUGGGAUAGGCAGAGUUAUGGGAUUGAUGCAUAUGGCUAUCGCCAGACUUACUCCUUGCCUAGUAAUCCCACACAGCCAUGUUAUGAACAGUUUGCCUUCCAAAGCUUACCUGAGCAGCAAGACCAGACUUGGCGCAUACCUUACUGUGGAAUCCCUCAAGACCCUCCAAGGCAUCAAGACACCCGGGAGAAAGUUUAUAUAAACCUGUGCAACAUCUUCCCCUCUGAUCUUGUGAGAAUUGUUAUGAAAAGGAACCCUCACAUGACAGAUGCUCAGCAACUUGCUGCAGCCAUUUUAGUGGAAAAAUCCCAGCUAGGUUAUUGAGAGAUGAUGCAUCUUUGUGGUGUCUGGUAGUUUUCAGUUCAGCUCUAAUGCUGAGGGAGGUUUGCUACAAUAGCAUUUGUGAUCUCCUUCUCAGCAAGGAGGUUAUAUAGUAAUCCAUUUAUGUGAAAUACUGUAUCAUGGAAUCUGUAUGUAUAGCCCCGUGCACUGGAAAAAACAGAUUUGUUUUACACUCUAACUUAAAAGUUUUUAAAUGGCUAUAUUCAUGGCUGAAAAUCUUUCCAGCUUAAGUGAAUAUACAUAUAUUAUCUCUGGUCUCUGGUAACAGUCUUUGGUGCAUCAGGGGUUUAUAUGCAGCACUUUCUAUUCGUAUUACAUGUUUGUUUUUGUUUUUGUUUGUUUUAACUUCCUGUAUGUUUGUCCUUCAGCUAUGAGGCAUUAAAGCAAGCUGCAGAAAGUCAAAAGGAUUUUAAUAGACAUGGCAAACAGUUUUCAAGCCAAGCUUAAUUUGAAUUUUUUAUCCCAACUGAGGUUGUGGAUGGAGUGUUUGCUUAUUUUAUUUUUUGUUUUUGUGGGCUUCUUUAUGCUAUAAUCACCUAUUUAUAGAAAACAAAGAUUUACUACAGCACUGACUUUAUUUUUUAAUAACUUAAGUUACCAGUUAAUGUUGAAAUGGGUAACAAUAUAUUAGUAAUUUAUAGGAUGGCACUUUUUUCAUUGCUUUUAAAAAAAUAGUUAAAUAAUUUGUUGAUGCAGUUAAGUACAAGCAAAUGCAAUCAGAGGAAAGCAACUCAUGUCCAUUGUUUUAUGGAUAAGGCAAAAGCCUGAUGGCCUAGUUGUCAAAGAGGCUGAGCAUAUGGAACUCCUUUAGACUCCAAAAGAAGCUGCAGAUGCUCAGAAUGUCCUAAAAUAGGCCACUAAUGUUUCCGUUCACAUGCAUUGUGAUCCAGGUCUUGUGUAUUUCUGCUCAGUAGAAAUGGAACUGAGACCUCAGGAUUCCAUUCAGUUGUUUUGUGUCCUUUUUCCCUUUGUACUGGUGCACAAGUAUACUGGAUAAAACAUGUUUUUCAUAAAAUAUUGACCUGUUUUUAAAAUGAAUCUAAUUAUUCUCAAUGCAAGUUUUGUAUUUAAGAUACUGUUAGAUUUUCUCACUGUUUAUCAAGGCUGGCCCGAAAAAGUUUUGUGUGUUGAGGAUAUGCAACUUUAUUAACUGCACUAUGGUAAUGAUAUCGUAGCUGAAAAUAAUAACUUAAAAACUUUUUUGUAAAAUACUGUAUAUGUUCCUGAAGUUAGAUUUUGGCCUGUUGUAUUAUGUAGGCCCAGUCUUGCCACAAAUAGUGUAGUUUAGAAAUGGACAAAAUAGUCUGUUCUAGCACUAGUAAGGGAUAUUUCUGGUUUCAAGUCAUGGGUUUUACUAGCAUCUCUCACGCUUUUUAUAUAUAUAAAAAAGGAGAUUUUGCAAAUGAUGACAGUUCUGUUUACAUUCUUGUAGUCAGUUUCCUAUCAUUUUAGGUUUCCCUCCAGCUUAAUGUUGUUCAGUGUUAAAAUUUUACUAGUUUACAAAUCACUGCUAAUAAUUUUAGUACAAUUGCUGCAAUUUAAAGUAAGGCCCUGAAGAACCAGAAGGUACCUUUUACUGUUGAUACAAAUUGUAUCUUUUUAACUGAGAACUAUUUUGAUUUGUAGAUCUAAUGAAAACACAAAUGUGUAACUAUGAUUAGACUUUUGGGCAACAUUUUAUCCCUUAUUUGACAUAAUAGAUUUCAGCUCUAUACUAGGAUUAGACAAAUAAAAAUACAGCUAUUUAUUUAGGUAAGCGUCUGUCUCAGUUUCAUAUAUUAUAUUAAAAAAAAACUAUUGGCAUUUUCUUCCUUCUAAACUAACUGUACCUAGUGUAAACAUACUAAAAAUAAAGGUAAAAUGCUGCCUGAAAUGAA